GAAACACAGCAUCCGUGAGUGCUGAUCGUGUGAAUGGAGAUCCAAUUUCCGCGAAGCCGCGGUGGCGCGCGCGCGCGCGCUGGUCUGCCCGAUUCUGAGUUGUACACAGGGCUGGCGUGGAUAGAGUCAACCGUCGGCCUGCGCGCGGAAUCGGGCAUCGCGCUGCGUCUAAGCGAGGCACUUGUCCGGCACACGCGCAAGGAGACGUAAGUACGAUAUACUUGGACGGGGGUCCGCCCGAGGCGCCUCCUGCGGUUACCUUAUAAUCGCGUGCGGACUACGCGCAGUCGACACACGAGAGACCGGACUCGCGGAGGGCGCGAGAGUAAGCAGCCGCACACGAGAAGGCGUGUCUGACUCAUCGUCCUCCGCGAGUUCGCGCGAGACUCGGCGGCGAAGCACGGCGGUCGCACCAACAGCCCAUCGGCCAUAACACGCGCUCGGGCGAAGAGGGGCCCGUCCGUCAGGGGCAAGGCCGCACAUACGCAUACGAGAUGUGGCGGCGCGCGAGCCUAUCUUGCAGUGCUGCAGCCUACCGUCGCGCGAGGCGUGGCCGCGGACACCACGAGGAGGGCGCAUCGGGAGGCAGAUCGUGGGCAGG